AUGGCGAUGUUUACCGGCCUGUUCUUGGUGACUUUGAUGUCCUUAAGCUGUGCCCAGCCGAUCUCCAGUCUGCCAGACCACAGUUGUAUUUGUGACGUCAGUCCCGUGGUGCACUGUAACAACGACAGCGCGCUGAGGGCGGAGCUCGACCUGCUGAAGGACGUCGUGAGACAACUUCUUCAGGCGGGGUCGAACGUCUCAAGCGCAGGCUGUGCCCAAGGCCCUGCCGGCAGAGACGGCAGAGACGGGCUGCCCGGCCGGGACGGAGCUCCGGGGGUUUCCGGAGAAAUUGGUCCGGCAGGUCCUCCUGGGCCUCCAGGUCCACGGGCAUAUCCUUUGCCCGGUCUGGUCGGCUACUGGCCGCUGAAUGAAGAACAUGGCGCCCGUGACGUCAGCGGCUAUGGUAAUGACGGAGUGACGUUCAGUACGGGCGUGUCGGAGGGGCCGGGGGGCCAGACGGGGGGCGCCAUGUACUUCCAUGGCGUCGCUGGUUCUCGUGUGGAGUUCCCCAACAACGGAGCGCUGGACGCCAGGAGUUACAUCACUCUACAGGCCUGGAUCUACCCACAGGAGACGGGAGAAGGACCGAUCUUCAACUACCAACCGGCUGGCAGUACUGGCUGGGGGGUUCACUUCUGGAUCACUGGUGGCGGAAACAACCUCUAUAUAACAUUUGUCAAUCGAAAUUCCCAAGCCCGAGAUCCACUACAGCAGUCAGGGAUAACCCAGAAUGAGUGGCAGUUCGUCACGGCUACCUACCAUCGUACAUCAGGGGUCCAGAAACUCUACAGGAAUGCUGUAGAGAUCGGAUCUGAUGAUUUGGGGGACGUAGAUCUGGGUACCCAGUUUCCUGUAGCCAUGGGGGCCCGUCCGCCAUUUACCGGAGACACCCGGGCCUACAAAGGACGCAUCGCCCACAUGCAGGUUUACAACAUCGCCCUGACGCAGGCUCAGAUCCAGGAGGCCAUGGACCGCACCAGGUACGCCCGCAAGUAAAGCCGCAUCAACAGCUUCCGCCGACAAUCGGAAG